AUGUGCUUGAUUCAUACUGUACGUAAUAAGGAGUCAGAUCGUGGAGGAUAUAUGUGUCAAAUAAAUACGGUUCCUAUGAAGAGUCAAAUCGGGUAUUUGGAUGUCUUAGUGCCGCCCGAUAUCUUAGUCAACGAAAGUAGUAGUGAUGUCAUUGUCAACGAGGGCUCUGAUGUCACUCUUAGAUGUCGAGCGAGAGUGGAGAAGAGAAGAUGGAGAGAGAAUCCCAUUGGGGGACUGGCAGGGAAGGCGUUAUAUAACAAACAAAACCGAAGGCGAAAAUUUAAAUAUAACUCGAGUUACGAGGAGCCUGGCUUUGCAUCGCUUCAAAUG